CUCCUCCUCCUCCUCUUUCCUUUUAUCUCCAGCAGCUUCGCUCUCCAUCUUCGGAACCCCCCACCCUUUCGAAUAGCUGCUGUGUCUUCUUUCUCCUCCCCUCACAAUGGCGGGUGUGUUCAAGAACGUGUUUGGUGGCUCCGAGCCAUCAGCACUACCCAAGGUCGAGGAUGACUUUGCGGACUUUGUUGAGGCGCCGAAUCCCUCGCCUGUGUCCAUUGUCGCUUCGGCGUCGACUCCCAUAACUGCGGCGGCGGGCACCGUGGGCGCCAGCGGCGUCCCCUAUACGAAAUGGUACCGGGUGUGGGAGCGCACGUCGCCCAAGGAUUUCAUGCAGGAGGCGACGAUUAUGCCGUUUAUCCUGGUGAUCCUGCUGUUCCACUUUUGGGGCACUCGCAAAAACCGCCGCCAGGCGAGGGAAUGGGCCAAGCACCAUGCGCCCCUGCUGCGCAACGAGUUCGCCGUCGUCGGGUUCGAUGGCAUCCGGAGGUCGGCCGAGGCGUCGGAGCUGGCGGCGCCCGAGUCGAUUCUCAAGGAAAAGACUGCACAGGAGUUUGCUACCUAUGCGACCGGCCGCCAGAAUGUCGCCUUCCUGGACGUCUCGAUCCAGCUACCUAAGCGCUACAACCCGGUUACCUACUUUAUGGAGUAUGUGUUCAGCUUCUUCUUCGAGAGCUGGGCGCCCCCGGCCGAACGUAUGGAAGCAGUUGCCUACUCAUUUGAUGGCAAGGAGAAAGAUCUGGUGCCUGUACCGGGGGGUGACUCUUCAUCGCUCAAGGUCGCCAGCUCGACGCACGACGGAUUUGUCUGGGCUGUUGUUCACAAGAGCCAGAUGCAGAAGUUCCGCCAGGACCGCUACGAUGCCUCCAUGACCACAACCAAGGACAACGCCAAGCUGCCCUCCUGGGUGACCGUGAUGUCGGAGAGCGCCGAGAUUACUGACAUGAUCCUCACUCCGGAGCUGAUCGGCGCCAUCGAGCUGGCAGGGAACUCUCUGGAAUAUCUGAUCAUCACUGACCAACCCCUUGACAAGCCUAUGAAGAUCGAGGAAACCACCCCGAGAAAGCGUAUCCAGCUCUCUCUGUCGCUGCCCUCCGGCCAUGAUUACGCCUCCACCAUCCCCCUAUUCACCCAGUUCGUCCGUUUGACAGAUCGCCUCGUCGCAUCUGCCCACUUCCGGCCCGAGGUCACCCGCAAGCUCCGCAACGCCCGCGAAGAGGAGAUCAAGAAGCUGCGCCGUGCUGAAGAGGAGGAAAAGGCCGAAGAGCGCAAGCUCGCGGUUGAGAAGAUCAAGAAAGAAGAGCGUGAACGCAUCCUCCGUGGCAUGACUGCCGAGGAGCAGCGCAAGUACCUGGAACGCGAGAGUCAGAAAGAGCAGAGACGCUCCAUGAAGAGGUAUACCAAGAAAGCCUAGUCUGUGACUUGCUUUGAUUCAUCGUCGCUACUGUCUUCUUCUCUAUUAUUCCAUUUUGUUAUGGCUCCCCCUCCUCACGUCCAAAGCUCGUGACCCUUGGGGAAAGAAAGGGCAGCUGAGCGAAAAGCGACUUCGAUUUUGCACCCAUUUACGGUCUUAUAUCAGAUGUAACCAUAUAACCACUGUGUUUCAUGUAUGGAUUGGCGGGGUGGAUGG